GAUAAACAUGCAUCUAAAAGUUGUGAUCUUCACCCUCUCAUUCUUGACAACUUUAGCUUACCCACUCCACCGUAACACCAGGGAGGCAACAUGGGUGGAUUCAAAGGCAAACCAGGCUCAUGAAAAGACAGAACUCACAAAAGAUGUGGAUAAGCUCUACAAGAUUCACAUAGAUGACAGUGGCCUUUACAACCAAGAAGAUGAUCUCAACAAAAACCCUGUGGCAGAAGAGAUGCAGCACAAACUCAACAUGGAGUCAGAGCGUCUGCGUGCCCGUCUGCGCCAAGAGCUGGCCGAGCUGCAAGAGAAGUUGUCCCCAUCUCCAGCUCACCUCAGCUCUACCCUGGCCAGUAUGAGGGAACGCCUGGCUCCCCUCACCCAGCAGCUCCAGAGCUCUCUCAGUAGCAACACCCAAGAUCUGUGUGGCCAGCUGAGCCUCUAUCUGCAGGGCCUGGAGACAGCCGAGGCUCAGGCGGAGGCCAGUCCAGCUCACUACCAGGAAGCCUUCCACUGGAUGGGCCAAACCCUGGAGCAGAGCAGCUCUAAGCUGGCUGACAUUAUCAGCGACUUCCAGACUAAAACCGUUGGAAUGAUCGAACAUCUGAAAGAGAUCAGUGCUAGUGAGGGAGAGGCAGCCAAGUCGGGGCUCUGGCAGGAAAUGAGCUCCAGGUUGGUGCAGGAAGUGAGCUCAGUGAGGGUGGAGGCACAGAAUAGGGUGGGGACUUUCAAAGCAGAGCUUGCCGCUUUGCUAGAAACUGCACAGCCUCUUAAGGCUGAAGUGGCAGCCAGUAUGGAACGGUUCUGCCAAAAUUCAGCUCUGCAGGGCCAAGUGUUUCAAGCGCGGAUGGAGAGGCUGUUUGUUGGGCUGGAAGAGGAGGUCCGGGAAGCCCCGAGCCUGUUACCCUCUUCCUCCUCCACAGAGUCAAUUGGCUUUUUGCAGGAGGACUUCUCAGUCAAAUUCUCUGCUCUGAUCCAGGACAUUCUGCAUUCAGUGCAGUGA